AUGUUAACUGGAGCAGCAGAUUCAGCUCGUAAUAUUUUAUAUAGAGCUCAACAAAAAGUACAAGAGACUACAGAAUCUUUUAGUCCACAACGUUGGUUCAGCUUCUUUAUUUGUAUUACCACGUCAUUCUUAUUUUUAUUUUUAUCAUUUUUAUUUUUGCCGAUGGUUGUAGUCUCACCUCAUAAAUUCGCUGUUCUGUUUACUCUUGGGUCUAUCUUCUUCAUGGCUAGUUUUGUAGUUAUGAAGGGUUUUCUUGGCUUUAUGAAAUAUUUAACACAACGUGAAAGACUACCAUUUUCAUUUAUUUAUUGUGCAAGUUUAGCAUUAACUCUUUAUGGUACAUUAGUUAUAAAGAGCUAUUUGCUAACUUCAUUAUUUUCAUUAAUUCAGAUUAUUGCAUUAGCUUCUUUCUUAGCAACAAAUUUUCCAGGUGGUUCUUCUAUGAUGACUUAUAUUGGUAACAAUAUACUAGGUAAUAUAAAACAAAAGUUAUCUUUCCAAAAAGAUUUACCACUUCCAAUUUAA